AUGGAGCAUUCUUCGUUACAGACAUUGACAUCGGUGCCUCCAUCUCUUUCCAUCGCCGUACUGUGCGGAGUUGCGCUCAGUCUAUGGCUUGCUAUUCGCAGCAAGGCCGGUGGUCUUCCUUACCCUCCUGGCCCAAAGGGACUCCCUUUCAUUGGAAAUGUCCUCGAGGUCGACCUGAAGGAGCCUCAUAUCACCUACACUCGAUGGGCAGCCCAGUAUGGCACGUGUUCCCCUGUUCCGUUCGACUUUUCCGUCGACUUUGUCAUCAUAAGCUCCGAAAAGAUAGCAAGACAUUUAGCAGACCAGCGUUCCACAAUUUACUCGGAUAGGCCACAGUCACCGUUGUAUAAGCUUUUCGGCGUAGAUCGUAUGACAUUCCUUUUGACGUACUGCAGUGAAUGGAAGGCGCACAGGAAGUUGUUGCAUCUCAGCCUGAAGCCCGAGGCGGUGGACCAAUAUCAAGACAUGUAUCUCAGUAGUGCUCGGAGACUCCUAGGUAAUUUGAAACAAAAUGGAACCAAGUUUCGCGAGCACUUUCACCUGUACACUGGUGCUAUCUCCCUCGAAUUGACAUACGGACGAAGAAUUGAAGGAAAGAACGAUCCUAUCAUAUCCCUGGCCACCUCACUGGGUGUUAUUCUCAGCGAAGAAACCACGCCAGAGAAGAGUGGCCUCUUGAUGGCUUUCCCGCUGCUUCGGUACCUUCCAGCGAAAAUGGUCCACACACUGGCGGAACUUCCCUAUAAUACGGCGAAACAGCAGAUGGAAUCGGGUGUCCUUCCUCAGUGCCUGGUACAUGAUUUCCUUACACACGGAGAGGUGGAAGAAGCGUCUGCGAAGGACGCGGCCGCUGGCGUUUACUUGGGUUUGUCUUUCUCUACUGCAAAAGGCUAUGCGCUGACUCAGUGGUUGCGCCAACCAGCUGCCGCGGAAAGCGCUGCUGCAAUUCUGGAAACUCUUGUCUUGGCCAUGAUACUCUACCCGGAUGUGCAACAGAAGGUGCACGCCGAGCUUGAUGCAGUCCUUGGGAAGGGGAACCUGCCGACUUUCGCAGACAGGCCGCGACUUCCCUACUUGCAAGCCGUGUUGUUCGAGCUUCUGAGAUGGCAACCGGUCUUCCCGCUAGGCGUCCCGCACGCUACCACUACGAAUGACAUCUACGAGGGAUAUUAUAUUCCGAAAGGGUGCAUCGUGAUCUUUAAUGUCUGGGCCAUGACUCGCAAUUGUCCCGAUCCAGAACGCUUCGACCCGACCCGGCACCUUACAUUCGAUGGCCAAGUCAUCCCUCAGGCUAGACAACACUAUGGCAUACACUUCGGUUUUGGAAGAAGAGUUUGUCCCGGACGCACCUUUGCGGAGUAUGCGCUCUGGGCUGCUGCUGCUACCAUGCUUUCUUCGCUGAAGUUCGAAAAGGCGAAGGAUGCCAGGGGGAAUUAUAUUGAUAUCAAGUUAGAAUUCACCCACGGGCAAGCCAGUCACCCACUACCUUUCGAGUGCUCCAUUACGGACAGGCUGGAUGAUUGA